AUGCCAGGGUUAAAGCAGCCGCUGAAACUCCAAGAUUGUCCCGCAGCCGUCAGCGCCCAGCGGGGAGGACGGAGGAGGCUGAGUGCCGGCCCGCCAUGGUAUCGGCGAAGAACGUCGUGCCGUUUACAGGCUGCUACAAGAAACGCAGCCAUCGAUUGCUUCCAAGGUUCCAGCAGCUGGAGAUAG